GGAAUUUUUCCAACCUGAUAAAGAGCAUCUACAAAAACCCACAGCUAGUAUCUUAUUCCAUGGUGAAAAGCUGAAUGUUUUCUCCCCAAGACUGGGAACAAGGCAAAGAAGUUCUACUCUGACAUCUAUUCAACAUUGUACUGAAGGUUUUAGCCAGUGUGGUCAGGCAAGAAAAAGAAGUAAUAGGCAUCCAGAUUGGAAAGGAAGAAAUAAAACUGUCUUAUCUGACAACCUAUAGGUAGAAAAUCCUAAGGAAUGCACACACACACACACACGCAAAAGCUACUAAAACUAACAAACAUGUUUGGAAGGGUCACAGGAGCCAAGAUCAGCAUUUAAAAAUCUAUUGUAUUUCUAUAUACUGAGAGUGAACAACCUAAAAAUGAAAUUAAGAAACAAUUCCACUUACAGUAGCAUCAAAAAGAAUAAAAUAGUUGGGUAUAAAUUUAACAAAAUAAGUAUAAGACUUGUACAAUGAAAAGUACAAAAAUUGCUGAGAAAAUUAAAGAUCUAAACAAAUACACAUUUACAUAUUUAUGGUUUAGAAGAUUCAGUGUUGUCAAGAGGGCAGUUCUCCCCAAAAUGAUCUAUAAAUUCCACACAAUUCCUAUCCAAAUCCCAGCAGACGUUUUUUUAGAAACUAACAAGCCAAUCCUAAAAUGUAUGUGGUAAUGCAAAAGACCUAGAAAUAGCCAAACCAAUUUUGAGAACGAACUAACUUUGAGGACUUAGACUGCCUCAUUUCAAAACUUAUAAAUCUGUAGUAAUCAACAUAAUACAAUAUUGGCACAAUAUCUACAGGGAUAUAGACCAAAGAAACACAAUUAAAAUUCUAGGGAAGAAGCCUCACAUUGAUUGGCAAUGGAUUUUCAACAAAGAUGCCAAGACAGUCUGAUUGCUGAGACAAUUAGAAAUUGAUAUGCUGGGGCCAGGUGUGGUGGCUCACGCCUGUAAUUCCAGCACUGUGGAAGGCUGAGGUGAGAGGAUCGCUUGAGCCCAGGAGUUCAAGACCAGCCUGAGCAACAUGACAAAAUUCCAUCUGUACAAAAAAUACAAACAAAAAUUAGCCAGCAUGGUGAUGUGCACCUGUAAUCCCAGCUACUAGAGAGGCUGAGGUGGGAGGAUUGCUUGAGCCCAGGAGGUUGAGGCUGCAGGGAGCCAAGAGUGUGCCACUGCACUCAAGCCUGGGCAACAGAGUGAGACCUUGUCUCAAAAAUAAAUCCAUAUGCCAAAAAAAAAAAAAAUUAGAGCCACACCUCAGACCAUACAUAAAAAUGAAAUGAACUCAAAAUGGAUCAUAAGCGCUUUUUGAGGAAGACGCGGUCGUAGGUGCUGAGGAUAUCUGGUCCACACGCUCCUGCUCCUGACUCACCGCUGUUCGCUCUCACCGAGGAACAAGUCAGUCAGGAAGCCGCGCAGCAGCCAUGGCUUUUAAGGAUACCGGAAAAACACCCGUGGAGCCGGAGGUGGCAAUUCACCGAAUUCGAAUCACCCUAACAAGCCGCAAUGUAAAAUCCCUGGAAAAGGUGUGUGCUGACUUGAUCAGAGGCGCAAAAGAAAAGAAUCUCAAAGUGAAAGGACCAGUUCAAAUGCCUACCAAGACUUUGAGAAUCACUACAAGAAAAACUCCUUGUGGUGAAGGUUCUAAGGCGUGGGAUCGUUUCCAGAUGAGAAUUCACAAGCGACUCAGUGACUUGCACAGUCCUUCUGAGAUUGUUAAGCAGAUUACUUCCAUCAGUAUUGAGCCAGGAGUUGAGGUGGAAGUCACCAUUGCAGAUGCUUAAGUCAACUAUUUUAAUAAAUUGAUUACCAGUUGUUAAAAAAAAAAAUGGAUCAUAAGCCUAAGCAUAAGGGUUAAACUAUAAACUCUGAAAAGAAAAAUAGGAGAAAAUGUUCAUGCUCUGGGGUUAGGCAAAGAGUUCUUAGAAAUGAUACCAAAAGCACAGCCAUAAAAGAAAAAUUGGUAAAUUGGAAUUUAUAAAAAUUAACAAUUUCUGCUCUUUAAAAGAUGAUCUUAAGAGAAUGAAAAGACAAAUGACAGACUGGGAAAAAAUAUUUGCAAAUCAUAUAUAUGACAAAGGACUUGUAUCUAGAACUAAAAAAAAUUAUUAGAACUCAAUAAAAUAACCCAGCGUAAAAAUGGACAAAAGAUUGAAUAGGCUGGGCGCAGUGGCUCACACCUGUAAUCCCAGCACUUUGGGAGGCCAAGGCGGGUGGAUCACGAGGUCAGGAGAUCGAGACCAUCCUGGCUAACACGGUGAAACCCUGUCUCUACUAAAAAUACAAAAAAUUAGCCGGGCGAGGUGGCAGGCGCCUGUAGUCCCAGCUACACGGGAGGCUGAGGCAGGAGAAUGGCGUGAACCCUGGGGGGCGGAGCCUGCAGUGAGCCGAGAUUGUGCCAGUGCACUCCAGCCUGGGUGAAAGAGCGAGACUCCGUCUCAAAAAAAAAAAAAAAAAAAAAAAGGUUUGAAUAGAUAUUUUGCUUAAGAAUAUAUAAAAGGGGCUAAUAGACACAUAAAAAGAUGCCCAACUUCGUUAGUCACUAGGGAAAUGCAAAUUAAAAGCACUGUGAGAUACCCACUACAAUGGCCAUAAUCAAAAAAAAAAAGACAA